AUGCCUGUGGAUCUGAACGGAUACUGGAAAAUGAUUUCCAAUGACAACUUUGAGGAGUACCUCAAGGCUCUCGAUGUUAACGUCGCCAUCCGAAAAAUUGCCACCUUGCUGAAGCCCGACAAGGACAUCGUCCAAGAUGGGGAUCACAUUAUCAUCAAAACUCUCAGUACCUUCAAAAACUACAACAUGGAUUUCUAUGUGGGUAAAGAGUUUGAAGAGGAUCUGUCUGGUGUGGAUGACAGGAAGUGUAUGACCACCAUCACCUGGGAAGGAGAUAAACUGGUAUGUGUGCAGAAAGGAGAGAUUGAAGGAAGAGGCUGGACUCACUGGGUGGACGGGGACGAGCUUCAUCUGGAGCUGAGAGCUGGAGGAGUCGUCUCCAAGCAGGUCUUCAAGAAGUCCUAA